AUGGCAAAAAGCGUUUCUGGAGAUAGUAGAGCCAAGAAUGGUCGAGCAAGCAUCAAAACACCUUAUUCAAGUUUCAAAGACGCAGCAAAACAAAAUGCAAAAGCUAAACAGACAACAAGUGGUGUCCAGAUUCGUCUUGGUGUGAUGGCAUUUGGCAUCCUGCUAGCCUCCGUAUUCUAUUUCUUUCCCGAUGUAUUAACAUCCAUAGGCUCUACUAAUGAAUCAGGUGCAUGUAAAAGAUAUGCACUCAUGGUUGAUGCUGGCUCAACAGGCUCUCGUAUCCACGUUUAUCGCUUCCACCAAUGUAGCGACCAUGAGCCAGUAAAGUUGGAAGAAGAGGAGCUUUUCGCGCAAACGAUACCCGGUUUAUCUGCCUAUCCUGAUAACCCUCAACAAGCAGCUGAAUCACUCGAUGUUUUACUAGAGGGUGCUGUCAAGUUGGUUCCCAAACAGUUGCAGAAAAAAACGCCAAUUGCUGUCAAAGCAACUGCAGGUUUGCGCCUCCUCGGUCAAUCCAAGGGUGAUGAUAUUUUGAAAGCUGUUCGCCAUCAUUUAGAAACAAGAUACCCAUUCCCAAUUGUCGGCGGCGAAGACGGUGUGUCUAUUAUGGACGGUAGAGACGAAGGAGUGUAUGCUUGGAUUACUGUCAAUUUCCUCUUGGGAAAUUUCGAUUCAACUCGGUCAGUCAAACCUCACACAGCAGCUAUUUUGGACUUGGGCGGUGGAUCUACACAGAUUGUAUUCGAGCCUGAUGUAUUAGAGGAUGGUAGUUUGCCUGAACUCCCAGACAACGACUUCAAGUACUUGCUGAAACACGAGGGUAAAGAGUAUCUGUUGUACCAGCAUUCAUAUCUGGGUUACGGCUUGAUGGAAGCUCGUAAGCGCAUCCAUAAGCAAGUAGUGGAUUCUAUUAACACUGAUUUGAUACCAUCAUCCUCUGAUCUGGUGCACGCUUGUUUGCCUCAGGGCCUCAGCUGGGAAUACACAAAAACCGCAAGUGAUCCCAUCAAAUUCAUGGGUGCUGGUUCAUAUGCGGAUUGCCUCGGUGUUGCUGAUCUAAUGUUGAACAAGCGCAAAUCAUGCGACUUUUCUCCAUGUUCCUUUGAUGGUAUCUACCAGCCUCCUAUUGCUGAUACCUUCACCAAGGGUCCCAUUUAUAUUUUCUCAUACUUUUAUGACCGCACUCAACCUCUUGGAUUACCUGCAUCAUUCCGUUUGCCUCAGCUUGCUUCUUUGACAGAAUCAGUGUGUAGUGGUGCUUUUAUUGAAAAUGUGACAGAUGUGUCACUUAAAGAUGAGCUGCUUGAUCGUCCUGAGUGGUGCCUGGAUCUAUCAUUCAUUUACCGUUUAUUGUCUUUUGGCUAUGAAAUUCCCGAUGAUAGAGAACUGACAGUUGCAAAGAAGAUCAAUGGUGUGGAAACAGGCUGGUGCUUGGGCGCUGCAAUCGCUAUUUUGGGUGAUAAUUCCCUCAAGGACAUAGAAUAA